AUGUUCCUUAAAACUUCACUUAUUUCUUCCACAACAUCUUCAAAAGUUAGAUUUUUAUCUUCACUCGUUGAUCCUUCAGUUUCCAAAAAUCAACUCACAAAAUCAUUCAAACCCACCUCUGCUUUUAAACACCAUGCUCAACUUGAUAAUUUCCUCCGUGUAAACUGCAGAUCAGGUAACUUCUCUCUUGAUGAAGCUCUUUAUUUCUUCGAUUACAUGAUGCAUAUGGACGACACUCCUAUGUCAUCAUUCGGUGUGUUGUUUGCUGCAAUCGCUAAGAAAAAACAUUUUGAUCAGCUUCUUGUGCUGUACACGAGAUUCAUAUCAGCUGGGUUGUUGCCUGAUUUGAUUAUUUUGAGCAUUGUUAUUAAUUGCUUAUGCAAAAGAGGUAGGGUUUCUGAUGGUUUUAUUAUUUUUGGGAGUAUUUUUCGAAGGGGUUUUAGUCCAGAUAAUGUGACUUUUACUUCUCUGAUUCGAGGUCUUUGUAUGGAGGGUAAGAUUAAGAAGGCAACUGAAUUGUUUAGGAGAAUGGUUGGUUUUGGUUGUAGGCCUACUUCAUUUACAUAUGGGACUUUGAUUACUGGGUAUUGUCAAACAGGCAAUAUCUACGCUGCCCUUCAGUUAUUUGAAGAAAUGGUUAGUGGGAAUGGGGAAUUUGGUUUCAUUUGUAAGCCUGAUAUUGUUUGUUAUUCUAGUAUUAUUGAUGGUCUUUGUAAAUAUGGGUUAGUAGACAAGGCGAAACAACUGUUUUCAGAAAUGAAGACUAGGAGCAUUAACCCAGACGAGGUUACUUACAACUCUCUAAUUUAUGGUUUGUGUCAUACAUUUAAUUGGGAGGAGGCUAAAACUUUGUUUCUAGAAAUGUUAGAUGAAGGUGUACAGCCUAGUGUAGUGACAUUUAGUGUGCUAAUAGAUGAGCUCUGUAAGAAUGGAAAGAUGAACGAAGCCAAUGGAUUGCUCCAAGUGAUGAUUAAUAGAGGUGUUCAUCCCGACACAAUUACUUAUAACACAAUUCUGAGCGGUUAUUGCUUGGCUGGUAGAACUGAUGAUGCAAGAAAGCUAUUUGAUUCUUUGGCAAGUAAGGGGUGUAAGCCUGACGUUUUUAGCUACAAUAUUUUGAUCGAUGGCUUGUGCUUGGCAAACAAAAUUAACGAUGCUAAGGAGUUGUUUGCUUCAAUGUUAAGUAAGGGAUGCACACCUAAUGAAGUUAGUUACGGUACUCUGAUCAAUUGGUAUUGCAAGAACCGAAAAGUUGAUGAAGCUAUGUGUCUUUAUAAGGAAAUGACUUCAAAUGGAGUUCGGCCUGGAGUUGUUAUUUAUAGCACCAUGUUGACCGGUCUUUUUAUGACUGGUAAAGUUGGACAUGCACGGAAACUAUUUGGUGAGAUGAAACUUAAUAAUGUUCCCCCCAAUUUAAUUAAAUAUAAUAUUCUUAUUGAUGGGUUUUGCAAAAAUGGUUGUGUUUUGGAGGCUGUUGAACUGUUUCAUACUUUAAAAAAUGUAAACAUUCAACCUGAAAUCAGAACUUUCAAUUGUCUCAUUGAUGGGUUGUGCAAAACAGGGAGACUCAAAAUUGCGUGGGGACUAUUUCACAGAUUGCAAAAUAAAAGCUUGGUUCCAGAUGUUGUGACAUAUAACAUUAUGAUGCAUGCACUUUGUAAAGAAGGGAAAGUAGAGACGGCAAAUAAUUUGUUAUUUCAUAUGGAUCAAAACGGUUGUGCUCCAGAUUUCAUCACAUUUAAUACGCUUAUGAAUGGUUUCUUGCGGAAUAAUGAGACAUAAAAAGUGGUUGAACUUCUUCACAAAAUGAAAGAGAGAAAUAUGAAGCCGGAUGCAUCCAUAGCUUCAAUAGUUGUAGACUUACUGGUAAAGGAUAAAAAUGAUCCCGUAUGCUUAAACUUGCUUCCAUCAUUCUCUACCCAACAACCAACAGGAUGUUGAUUGUUGAGUAAUUGUAUUUCCAGUGGAGUACAGCUUAUCACGAGAGCCUUGUUAGACCUCAAAGUUUCCAUGUA